UCAACUUUUCAAAUAAAGAAAACAAGAAGAUAUUGGUUCGACUAAACUUUUCACAAUGAUUGAGCAUAUGCAGCAUCUAUGGCUCGAACGACUGAUCGAUACAUAAAGCAGAUGUGAUGCGCAAAGAGCAUUACGGACAAGAACUAGUGAUCACCCUACAGUGGCUUGGUCUGAAAAUUGGUGUCUAUAAAGACCUAUACUCCUUGAUGUCCAUUCUUCCCCGGGCUCAAUACUAGUACAGGACAGGAUGUCCAUUCGUCCUAACCAGGCCCACGAGGCCACGAUAGGUAAGCUUCUAUCGGCUUGUUCAGUGUGCUUCAGUUUUUUUCCGUCCGAUUCCAAGUUCCACCAUCAUUGUGAGAUAGUGGGCCUAGAGAUUGCUCUGCCCUUUCGAACAAGAGAAGGUUUUCUUGAUAGCACAUUGACCGAACAAAAUGUUUUAUCUAGUCCACUAUGAAAUUCUCUUGAAAAUCCAAGGCACCAAUCCAAAAUAUGCCCCUUGACCUUGAGGCUGCUCUGCCCUUUUCAAAAAGAGAAGGUUGCCCUCCCACAAAACGUGCCAUAGAGCUUGUCUGGCCUUAAGACUUACACGUACGCGCUCACAUCACGCCCACUACCCAUGCUGGGGCCGUCCUACAGCAAAUUAACUGGCAAAAUCUAUGCAUACCUAGAGGUACCAACAAAAAUGUGCAUUUGGGUUAUAUUGUGUGUGCAGUUGCAGAUACGCUGGCAAGGUUCCAUGCAUGCAUUGGUAUGAAAGAACAGGAAAAAAAAAGCCAUGCAUGCAUGCAUGCCUUCCCUUUUUUAUACUGCACAAAAAUGUAUUUAAAAAACAUACAAGUACAUGCUAAAUGUACAAGGGUGAAAUGUUUCCACCGCUUUUUCAAAAGAGGAAGUUACUUUUUGUGCCUACUGCAGGUGAACUCCAUAUAUAAGUACGUACAUGCUAAAUGUAUAUAGCGUAUGUUAAUUUGUUAAAAGACAAAUAGAGAGCACAAGCAAUAUGCACGGCAGCGAUGAUUGAGCAUCUCUGAUGUGCAAGGAGCAUUAUAGACAAGAACUAGUGAUCACUCAACAGUGGCUCCAUUUGAAAAUUGGGUACUGUAAAGCUAUAUUCCUUGGUGAUACCGAUGUGACAGCUGAACUAAUUUGCCAUAGCCAUAAAUCUACAGCUAGCUAGGUCCAGGCGAUGUUUCCACCAAACAAUUUCUCGAUAUUUCGCUUGCUCAUCCCGUUGGUGAAUUAUUUAUGUCUCUCAUCACUAGCUAAUGAACACAUAAAUCGGCUACCAUGUGCAAGGAGCAAAAAAACUAGUGUCACACCACCAUCUGAAAAAACCGGGUCUGUAAAGUCAUAUAUUCCUUGAGAUGUCCAUUAUUCUUCCCCAAGCUAAAUGCCAAGCUCUACAGGAUAUCCUUGCUACAAUUGUGGAUUGCUUCUAUCACUCCAGUAACCUUCCGCUGCAGAUUUUCUGAUGUGCCCAAGGGAAGUCAGAUGCACAGUAAUUAAUAGCCACAGUUUUUUCACUUUACGAAAUCUCAGCCGUUAGAGUCAAUACGCUUCAGACUCGAUGCUUCUAUGCUACAAUAUCUCUGAACAAUACCUCAAUAUAUAUAGUGUCUUGCUAAUAUGCUGAACUAAAUCUUAACCUGUCUUUUUAGUCAACGGCUACAAGCGCUAAGUAAGUUAGAGGGAUACUUAGCUUCAGGAUAUCAGACAAGCUGCGCGAGUAACCUUCACCUUGGUUCCUUUUUAGUUUGCUCAUUUGUGCUACAGGUUAAUCCCGGUGUCAUAUCAGUUGAUACAAUGUCAGUGGCAACAUAUCGGUCCUACCACUUGUCAAAGCUGUUCUCCGAAUGUGCUGUCCGGCACACUGAUGUUAGUGACUAGCUUGUAUCUGCAAUUAAUAAAGUAAUUUAGUUGCCAAAGAACAUGUUAAACCACAGCUUACUAGCAAAGCCAAGUUGGUAAGGUCCAUUCCAUUCAUUGCUAAUCAGGUGAGACGUUAUUAGUUAAUACGUAAACAUGUUUUCAGGUAUACAUCGUCUACCUUGGGGAGAGGCAAUAGGAAGAUGUCAGUCUCGUUACCUCUUUGCACCAUGACUUGCUCGCUUCCGUUCUCGGAAGCAAGGAGGCAGCUCUCGAAUCGAUUGUCCACAGCUACAGAUAUGGUUUCUCGGGCUUUUCUGCAAUGCUUACCGAAUCACAAGCGAGAAAGAUCCAGAAGUUGCCUGGAGUGGUGAGUGUGAAAGAGAACACAAUGGUACGCAUGCAUACUACUCGGAGCUGGGAUUUCCUUGGGCUGUCCAUGGGCGUGGACAUCAAGCAGGAGCAGCAGCCAAAUGAGCUCCUUGCAGCAGCAAACCAUGGAGAUGGGAUGAUUAUCGGUGUCAUCGACUCAGGUGUUUGGCCUGAGUCACAGAGCUUCGCUGAUGAUGGCUAUGGACCUCCCCCUUCAAAAUGGAAGGGAACUUGCCAAACCGGUGCCAACUUCAGUGCCCACGAUUGCAAUCGAAAGCUCAUCGGUGCGCGGUGGUAUGCUGGCGCUGACAUCGACAGGAGAUUUCUCCAAGGUGACUUCCUGUCUGCCAGGGAUUCUCAUGGCCACGGCACCCACACAGCCUCCACAGCCGGUGGCAACGUCGUCCACAACACCAGCUUCUUCGGACUGGCUGCUGGAACGGCUCGUGGUGGCGCACCUCGCGCCCGGAUAGCAGUGUACAAGGCUUGCUGGGGUACUUGCUCUAUCGCGAGCGUUCUGAAAGGCAUCGAUCAUGCUAUCCAUGACGGUGUUGACGUCCUAUCACUCUCUCUCGGAAGCACGGACGAAAUGGCAGCAUUAGGAACGCUGGGUGCUGUGGCAAGAGGCGUCCCGGUCAUCAUGGCAGCUGGAAAUGAUGGACCUACGGAGCAAACGGUGCAGAAUUCUUCACCAUGGCUACUCACGGUUGCUGCAACCACGGUUGAUCGAUCAUUCCUCACGGUUAUCACCCUCGGGGAUAACCGACAGUUUGUGGCACAAUCCAUGUAUGUGGCUGAUAAAGGUGGAGAUGAGUUCUCUCAACUUCUGUAUUACUUUAAUGAUAGGUGUGACCCGGACUACAUAAACAGCACUGACAUACACGGGAAGGUGGUAUUCUGCUACACACCAGGACCAGGUAGUGUCUCUCCACCACCCAAGUAUGCAGAUAUUGCAGCGACGGUGCGGAGAAAUGGAGGGAAGGGGUUUAUAUUCUCACAGAAUAAUCUGGACUCUCUUGAUCUAUAUGCAAUUAAAGGACCAGCCCUUCCUUGCGUUCCUCUAGAUUUCAAGACUAGCUAUCAGAUUGCUGUGUACUGCAAUCGCAUUGGCAUCCCAAAAAUAAAGAUAUCAACAACCCGAACAACCAGCGGAAGUGAAAUUGUUGCCCCAAGAAUAGCAUCUUUCUCAUCAAGGGGACCUAGUCCUAUCUAUCCUGGGGUUCUCAAGCCUGAUAUCGCUGCACCUGGGGUGUACAUUUUAGCCGCUGCAGCACAAAGUGGUGCUUACAAAAGUCUAGGUGUUUCCUAUGUCUUUGAUUCUGGAACAUCCAUGGCCUGCCCUCAUAUAUCUGGGAUAGUCGCUCUACUCAAAUCCGUUCAUCCUGACUGGUCCCCUGCCGCCCUAAAAUCAGCACUAAUGACAACCGCACAUACCAUGGACAGCAAUGGGGUUCCAAUAGAAGCAAAUGGAAAUCGUGCAAAGAUCGCCGACCCAUUUGAUUACGGAGCAGGGUCUGUUAAUCCAACCAAGGCAGCUGAUCCAGGCCUGAUAUAUGACAUCAGUGCGUCAGAUUACCUCGAGUUUUUCAACUGUCUACAAGGAUUUGGUCCAAAUAACAAUUGCACACCACCUGACUUGAACCUCCCAUCGAUUGCCAUUCCUGGCCUCAAGACAUCCGUGAUGGUUGUGCGCACUGUUACCAAUGUUGGCCAGCCGAAUGCGGUGUACAAGGCAUUCUUGGAGCCUCCGCCUGGCGUCAAGAUGGCUGUGGAGCCAGCAGUGCUGGUGUUCAGCAAUGCAAGGAGGGUGCAGAGUUUCAAGGUGACUUUCAGGGCCACCCGAAGGAUCCAGGGCAGCUACACCUUCGGUAGUUUGGCAUGGCAUGAUGGAGGCGCCCACCUGGUUCGGAUCCCGAUUGCAGUUCGUGUGGUGAUUGAAGAGCUCUACUCAGAUGCCUCUUAAGUGGGGACGUUACAUGCGGUUCAACUGUAUAAAAUAAAAGACAACUGGAUCUGGAUCUGUAUCUGUGCCUUUUUCCGAACUCCGACUAUGGCUGUGGUUAUUAGUGUUCUGUUUCUAUGGUAUGUGAACAUUUAUGUCCGUAUUGAAAACUUGACAUAAGUUUGUAUGGUACUGGAAUAAGGAAAUCCACCCGCAACUAGACAAGAUUUUCUGCCUUGCUGCUAGCAAUGGUAACUCCCUUAACGUUAAAAUUCUUCAGACUCAGUGAAUGGAAAGCAUCGCAUACAACAGCACUAUGAUAGGGUUACGUCAGUACGUGUUAAAAGAAACUCCGCACAGGGAAGAGACGAAAUGUAGAGCUAGUUUUAGAAGUCGAUAGACUAAAGGAUAAGAAAGAUGA